AUGAACAGCAGCUAUUCCGUCGUCGAUCUGUACACCACCGAGCCCAGUCUUCGAAGGGGCAGCGGGGACAGCUCCGGGGACUCGGAUGGAUGCUUGACUCCGGCUGAUCUUUCUCCUUCUUCGCCUUCACUGGACUCGAUCAAGUCUACCGCUUCGUACGAUGGGAGCGUGUUCUCGGAAGGUCCUGCUAUUCUUGAUAUCCCUGUCGAGCUCAUCGAAGAACUGACCAAGGGCGCCGCAACAACACCUGUCGGGUCUAGGCAACACAGACGCUCCUCUGCCGACGACCAGCACAAACGACAGCUUUUGGAACUGAAGCGCCGCAUCGAGAGUCUGGAAGAGGAGAACGAAAUCUUAAAAGACUACACUGUUUCUGUCAUCCUCGAAAAGGAACGAGCUUCUGAAGACUUGGCUUCUUUGCGAAUCAACUACUAUGAAGAACUGGGGGCUUCCAAAGCGAUUCGUCGGCAACUGGAUCAGAUGCACACUGAACUUAUCGAUGCUAACAAGAAGCUUGCAGAGGCUGAACGGUUCAUCUUGGACUUGGUCGACCUCAAACUGGGCAUUCCCGUCCUUCAACGACUCUCGCAAUCUACAGACAACCCACGGAUAUCUGCCGGAUCGUUCUUGCGAUCCAUUCAGGAGACCCUCGAGAAUACGCGGGCGAGCUGGCUGGAACAUCUCCCCGCUCUUGAAGGCUCUCGAACUCUUGACCAUUACCUCUGCGCUCUCAAUCUGACAAUCAACGCUCGUAAAGAGCUCCGCGAAAAUCACAGGGUUAGCCAAUUCUGGAAGCUACUGGCGAAAUCGGACCCAAAUCUAGCAAACACCGUGACUCCCUCAUCCUCGGAACUCGAAAAAAUGGACGCGGCGGACUCAUCGACAGCCAGGAUGCAAGUACUCGACGAGUUGAUCGGCCAACUUAAAGAAGACGUUGCGAGAAAGAGGGAUUCUGGAUGUUUCACACCUCCCACUCAAAAAUCGGACAUCGACUGCCCACCAUCGACAACCCCCUCCAACGAAGCGGCCUCCUCCUCAACUUUGCCGCUCCCGGAAGAGGUCGACCCCGCAGCCCCUAUCGAUCGCCACGAGCGCCCGGCUACCCCGCCCAGUUCCACCAUGUCUCAGUCUCCGAUCGAUAGCCCUCCGAGGCUUCUAGACCGAUCUAGUCAAAUACCACAGCGAUCGCCUGGUAGGACUACAAAGUUGCCCUCUACGCGUAGGAAGGGCUCUAGCAUUAUUCACGACCGGCUUCCAUCACUUGCGGCUCUUGCUGAGCGGCUCGCUGAUUCACAGGCCUCUGCAGACGGUAGCCAACCAACCGUGGAACCUGAAGUAACCAUGUCUGCUGAGGCCUCAUCGACUCGUCGAACGGUGAAGGGCGUGUCCUUCCCUCCAGCCUCAUCGCGGAAAAACAGGCGACCCGGCCAUAUUCUCAACGAUUCAGAUGAUGCCGGUCCCAGCCCACUUCUCGCCUGCCAGGCGUUGAUAUCUUUGGAACGAAUUUGCGCAGCCUUCAGUAGCACCAGUUUAGGCUCGUUGGAAAUGACGGAGGAAUCGCGGUCGCAGGGUAGGAGUUCGACCCUACCAUCCUCUAGCUCUGCAGAGGUUAUUCGCCCCGAAGACGACGCAGGAGAGAAUCUAACGAGUGUCGGUGCAUCGCCCAGCGCGGCAGAGUUGCACCCUGUGAAGACUGUCGAUCCAACUACGCCCACUACAUUCAAGUCCGUUCGAUGGGCAGUCCCACUCUCCCCCGACCAUGAUGGUACACUGUCCCCAUCGCCAUCGGAUGCCGACACCAACUCAUCUGUCAGCAAUGGACCCUCGCCACCGCCGCAAUCCAGAGGUCGGAGGAGGUCCCUGUCCAGCCCCACGCCCGUUCGACGAGGCUUUAUGGGAGACAACGCCAAGUCGACGCUCGCUCGCUCGAUUCAGGUACUGAAACCUCGCCCUAACCUCCCCGCACCCAGCACUCCCCGGAAGAGUUCCCUCCCUGUUGUCCAACCUCGCAGUACCUCCCCGAGGACUACGAACUCGAGUUGGUCGAGUCAGGGAUCCUCGGCAUCGAGGAGAAAAGGGUCGAGCGAGUCGAAUACCCCUCCUAGGAUCCCUCCCAGAUCUCCACUUCGGCAACCUAGUCCCAGCAGUCGGAAAACAGCGACAGUGACACCGGCCGACGCAGCAACUUCAGCGAGCUCAUCUAAAAUGGUUACAUCCACUCCCUCCGAUAUCGUGAAGCUGACUAGUCUGCCACCUAACUCACCGACCAAAUCUCACGUCCCCGUCAAGGUUUAUGAUUACACUAAGCCCGUGAUGCCUUUGAAGGUGGUCAAGAAAACUGCUGGUCUGAAGGAGAAUGUAGGCGUGAAAGCAGGCAAUGUGACCUCCCCAAUCACACCUCUUCAACCGAAGUCGGACACGAAACCGCCUUCUGAAUCCGUUGACGGUCAGGUCAAGAAACCAAAACCCACUGGCACGACAAUCAUCCCUCCAAUACGAACCUCCUCGCUUCGGCCUCCCAAACUCGUGCAGGCCACACUUCGACAGGCUCGAGUCGGACCACUUCAAGUGAUCCGUCAGAAUAGGCCCAACCCUGCCGAACCCAUAACUUCUCCCGUGGCGAUCGCUUCCGAACAAGACCUUUCGACAGGAGCAGGGAGGAGGAAGGAAUCGCCGCCGUCAUCGCGGAAGGCUAAAGAGACGGUGAAGAUUCCGAAAGGAUUUACGAUUGAUCCUAGUGUUUCGUCGCCGUUGACCAAGCUGAGGUUGACUGUGACGCCGCCUGGGUCGCUCAUUCGCCCUGUGUCCAAGCCGAGGCAGAGAUGA